AUGUCAGUCCAAAAAUAUGUGGAGUUACGUAAGAAAUAUAGAACACCUCCUCCAAUGCGCAAGGAGUUACCAAUUGCUUCACGUGUGAAGGCAAGACACAAUCAGACUUCUCGUCAAGUUGUGCAAGAUAAUGUUGCAAAAAAUAAAAUAAGUGGAGAUGCAACUACUGUUGGUGAAAUACUCUCACGGACAAAACAAUUAAAAACACCAAUUGUGCAUUCCAAGAAAGGAGAUUCAGUUCAAGUGCUCCAUGACAUAACAAGGCCUAGGAUAUCACUUAUGAGAACUGAAUCUCCUGAUAAAGAUGCUAACCUGGAUGAUAUAGAAGGGAAUUCAUGGGAUAACAAUGAUAAUGAAGAGCAAAAUCAGAUUGGAGGUGAAGAUGAUGAAAAUGACAGAAAUGAGAAUGACAUUGGAUGUGAAUCUAUGGACAUUGAAGAACAAAGUGUGUCUAGUGAAGAUGACAUCAAUGAACUUGAUGAACAAGCAUUUUUAAACAUCCAGUCACAACCUACAGCUAAAGAUGAUGCAAAAAAACGAGGGCCAACCAUGAUGCAUCAUGUUCACAGUCGCGGAGCGGAUGAACGUAAAGUCAUCAUUUGCAAUGAGUUUGGGCAACCUAUUGGACCAGUGAUACAACAAAAAAAUGUUGUGAUUGAGUUAUCUCAAUUUUUGGGCACAAUAGGUCGUGAGUAUAAAUAUGCACCCUUGGUUUAUCAAUCUUGGAAGAAGGAGAAAUACAUUAUACCUAAUGUAUGUAAAAGUUGGGUGUUGAAAUCUAUCGGUGCUGCAUGGAGAGGGUACAAAUGUCGGGUAAAGCGAAAACACUUCUCCAAGUACAAAGAUAACAAGUCUAGAUGGAACAAUCGACCUAAGACAAUUCCAGAAAAGGAUUUUCUUAAACUGUUGGGAGUAUGGAACCAAAAGGAAGUGAAGAAAAAUGAAAAUCCAGACAAGAAUCCACCUUCUUUAGCUCAACUUUUUGAGCGCACACGCCAACGAGUAGAGGGAAGGCAUUAUGAUGAACCAUAUGAUGACAUCGCGAAAAAUAUUGAAGCUAUGAAGAACUACAAGCCUUCAGCUAUGGAAAGUGGUGAUGCAGAUCCUUUUCUUGCCGUUAUGGGCAAGGAUUAUGACGGACGUUGUAGACUUUAUGGUAGAGGAGUUACUAGGAAGAUGUUGAACAAGGUCAGUGCACCGACGCCAUCGUAUAUGGUAUCUGAGGAGGUCUUUGAGUCUCUAAGAAGUACCACUGAGAUUGAACAAAGAUAUAAGAGAGAUAAGGCAGAAUUAGAGCACUUGCAAAAAGAAAUUGAAGCUAAUAAUGAAAGGCAAAGGUUGGAGCUGGAAAAGAUGCGAAGGGACAUUGACCUUCAACGUGACAAAAUUGUUGAAGAUGCAGUCCAGAAAGUUCUUGCAAAACUACCUCCGGAAAUUGCAAAACAAUAUUUUUCCUAA